CUUGACGUUACGUGAUAUUUUAAUUGUCAAUAUUUUGUUCUAUCGGAAUAAUCAAUAUUUAAUUUUUUAAUGGAAGAAACGGCAUCUUGUGACAGCGAAACGGACGACGCUGUGAAUAACUUGUUGAGAACAGUACGGAUCAAACAGUAUGAAUUGAGUAAAAAAAUAAUAAACUUGAAGGCUAGCACAGAAACUCUAAAAGAACAACUUAUCGCGGAGAAAAAGAAAUGGUUGCAAGAAAUACAGGAAACGCUACAACUAGAAAGAAGAAUGAAAAAUGAACAAAUCAAAUCGAUGGUACAUUUGGACGAGAGCGAAAAACAAAGAAAAUUAGAAAUAUUUAAAGAAUAUCUGUUUUUCACAACUACGACUAUGAAUCUAGAGAAAGAGUUGAAGAAAAAAAAUUACCAGGAUUGGUUGUCGGAAAUCGCCAAUGAGUGUAAUCACGAAUUAAGCAGAGUACAAGACAGUUUGACCGUACUAAAACCUUUAAAAGAUAUGGCUUCAAAAUGGAGUUUCGAUGAAAACCAAGAUCAAAUUAAUGAAACUCAAGAAAAAGGACAAGGAGAUGCAUCAACUGAGCAAGAAAAUACAAAUAUGUCUGUAGAACCAUUGUCGACUGAUUAAACGUUUAUUUUAAUCAAAAAAAAUUUGAAA